AAUGUCUUGCAUGAGUAGUAAUAUGUUACGUUAUACUUUUUUGUUUCAGAGAAUAACUGGAGUAUCUCUAGUUUUUACUUAUCACAAUUAUGAGAUAAACCAAUCAGGGAUAUUAUUUAAUGAUUACGUUUUAACUACAGGAGGAUUAGUAUUACCAUAUGUUUUAUCAAAAAAAGUGCCGGACGUAAAGGACUUCAGUGUUAAAAUAUCAUUAGAAAAAAGAAACCGAGUUAUUUCAAAAACUGGAUAUAUAGCAUAUGUCUGUAAUUCAGAUGAUUUGAAUAAUUCUAUGAAACAAAAUGAUUUUGGGUUAGAUUCAAUCAUCAUUGAAUCAUUUUCUCAAUUCGUAAUUAUUGAAAUUAAUAAUACCGCAAAAGGGAAUUUCUCAAAAAUUGAAAUGACGUUAAACCCAAACGAACUGAAUAGAGGAAAAGAUGUUCUCACAGUAUCAACACCAUUUGGAAAUCAAAUGUUUCUUAACUGUUAUUCUAGAGGAAUUGUUAGCAAGAUAGUUGACAAAGGAAUGUUUAUUACGGAUUCCCGAUUAUCUCCAGCUUGUGAAGGUGGACCUAUUUACAUCAUUAAUGGAUCCAUCAAAUUAGUCGGUUUGGUAUUGACACAGUUAAUGGUUUCAAAUGAAUACACAGGUUUCAACUUAUGUUGCAAUUUCUAUAUACUUUAUGAGGCCUAUUGCCGACAUAGAGGCAUGCAUAUGAUUUCCCCCCUCUUAUCCAUCAAGAAGGAAGAACAUCCUAUUCACCGUGUAUCAGAUAGUGUUUUACCUGUAAAAACACCAUCAUUGAAAGGAAGUUGCAUUUCAUUAGAUGGAAAUGGAUUACUAGUGACAUGCAGUCAUGUUAUAAAUUAUGGAAAUAACACACCUGUUGAAGUCACCUUUGGUGGAGAAUCUUACAAUGCUAAGAUUUUAUGUUGUUCUUCUAAAGAUGAUAUUCUGGAUCUUGCAUUUCUUCAAAUCAAUCCUGAUACCCCGCUGCCAAGUUGUACUUUUUAUGAUAAAAAUCCAAUCAAAGGAGAAGCCGUGUAUGUGGUUGGUUACAAAUACUUUUGGGAUAAUUCUUUGCAACUGGUAAGUAAGGGGACUGUUUUGAAGCAUGAAGAGCAAGGUCCUAUUUAUACAUCUUGUAUUACUCAUAGUGGAAAUAGUGGAGGAGGUAUGUUUGAAAAAGAUGGAAAGUUAAUGGCUAUUGUUUGUGGUAUAUUAUUUGAAGAGAACAUAAGUACAUCCCACCAUUGUCACAAUGUUGGCAUACCCAUUAAAGUAAUGAAAAAGCCAAUUGAUGCCUAUAUACAGACAGGAGAUAUAUCUCAUCUCGAGAGUUUAUGUAAAACUAAGGAUCUCUACUUAUCAACAUGGCAUUUAUUUACUAGAAGUAAAUUAUAAACGAAAAAAAGUUUAAGAACUGACUAUUUUGAAUUUAUGCUUUGUAUAUAUUGUUAACAAUGUGCAUUGAUUAAAAAAGUACUUAUUAAUGCAUAGUAGUUGAAUAAUCAGAUUAACUGCUAUCAUUUAUUAUCAUUGUCAGUGUUUCUUUAAUAUCUUGUAAGUAAAUUUCUCAUAAUUACUUUUAUUUUUUUAAAAAGUGUUAUUUGAUUGAUCUGCUACCAUUUAAUGUAGUCUUGUAAUUUAUCAAAGCUUAAAGGUAGAUUAUCAUAUUACAUUAUUCUUAUUUACUCUAUUAUAUUUAUUUAUAAUGUUACAUAUGUGUUUUAUUGUGUAUACAAUUGUAAACUUUCUUAGCUUAGGCUUUUCUACUCGAAAAGACAUACAAUUCUUUUAAAACUAAUCCUAUAUUUUAUAUAUCAUUAAUGUUUUGUGAUAUAUAUGGUUGUGUAGUGAAUUUUAAUUUCUAACAAUUCAUUUUUAUAUUUUUUUACAAGAAAGAGGGUUAAAUUCUAUUUUUUUUACAUUGAAGUUAGUUUUUAUUAAUUUUUAAAACAGAAAUAUCUUGUUAACAAAUUUAAAAUGAUUUAUUACUACCCAUAUUUCAUUACUAAGUAAGAUACUUUCAGUGGUUCUCAUUUUUUUUUUUUUUUUUUUUUUUUUUUUUUUUAUUUAUAUAUAUAUAUAUAUGUUAGCCAUUGCCGUAUUAACUUCUCUAUGAGUAUCAUACCAAUCAUAUGUAUGUUUAAUAAUGCUUCUUUUAAACUAUUGGUGUCAAAUGAUGUAUUACUGUAUGUUGUAUUGUCUAUUACUACUGGUUACUACUACUAAUGGUCUAUAACUAUUGGUUCAAUCUAAUUGAAAUAUUUGAAAAAUGUGCUUGGAAAAAUUCAUUGACUUAUUGUUUUUAUCCAAACACAUCAUUUUAAUUCAUUUGUGUCAAAAUAUUAUACAAUUCUGUAUAAAUCCCAUUGCAGAAAUAUAUAUAAUGAUUAAGAUUUAUUUAUGUCUCCUUGUAAUAGUUAAUGUCAACCUAAAUGCUAUAACAAUGUAUGUGGAAAAUAUAUUUCAAAAUAAACUUACUUUUUUCUGAU